UUUUAUUUUUAUUUUUAUUUUUUUUGCCCUUUGAAAUCCCGUGUUGGUCUCUCCCGCACAACAACCAACUACGUUCUUCACUCCUGGUCUCAUUCCUCUUUCGAGCUGUGGCCAUAGAGUUUUUUCCUGGUUUCUGACAGCUUUGAUUUUCCUUCCUGCCUCUCCGUCAAGUUCAACAUGUCUUCAACUCACCCUGUUGCGCUUUAUGCUGUGAAAGUGCCGCCGGGCGGUAUCUUGAUCCCUGCUGGAGCGGAUGCCUCUGCUAUGUUUCGCGUCACCAUGGCCGCCAUCGACCCCGAUUCUCAACCUGAGUUUGAUGCAGAAACAGAGGGCAAGACACCACGCGCUACAUUGAAGAUCGUCCGCCCACCUCCAGGAAUGGAUCUCGAAGAUGAUUCUGACGAUGAGGAUUAUGAUGGCGAGGAUGGCGACGAGGAUGAUGAUAUGGAAGAUUCAGAGGAUGAGUCUAACGGAGGGCCCAGUGACCCUGCCAAGUUGAAGAAAGCUAGAGAGGCGGCUGCAUUGAAAGAUCUUCUUGAUCAAUCCGAUGAUGACGAUUCGGAUGGAGAAGAUUUUGACCUCAAGGCGGCCAUUUCUAAGUUAAUCAAGGGUAAAGAUAAGGCCACUGGGGAUGAUGAUGUCGACAGUGACAUUUCUGAGGGACUGGAAAUGGAGGAGGUCGUUGUUUGCACACUUGAUCCUACAAAGAACUGCCAACAACCCCUCGAUUUCGUCGUUGGCGAACACGAGCGCAUCUUCUUCAAGGUCACCGGUACCCACUCUGUUUACAUUACUGGUAACUAUGUCAUGCCCUCUCAUGAGCAUGGAGAUAUGGACGACAGUAGCGACGACGAGGAUGAUUACGGCGGAUAUGAUCUGAGCCCUGACGAAGAUGAAUUGGAUCUCAUGGACGAGGACGAUGAGAGCGAUGAGCUUGAUGAUAUGGAUGACCCUCGUAUCACUGAGAUUGACACUGAUGAAGAGGAAGCUGAAAAGGCUGCCGCCAAGAAGGACAAGAAGAAGGGCAAGAAGCGCCCCGCAGAAGAUUCCGAUGAUGAAGGUGCUAACUUGGACGACCUCAUGUCGAAAGCACUCAAGUCGGGACCCGAGACCACUACUAACGGCGAGCCAAAACUUAGCAAGAAGCAGCAGAAGAAGCUGAAGAAAAACAAUGGCGAGGCCGUGGAGAUCCCAGUGAAGACAUCAGAACCGGCCAAGUCUGACAAAAAAGUUCAAUUUGCCAAAAAUCUUGAGCAGGGCCCUACCCCUUCCCCUCCAAAGAAGGAUGAUGAGAAAAAAGAUGGCGAUAAGAAGGCGCCUUCGGCCGGCACUCUCGGCGUCAAGGAGGUCCAAGGAGUCAAACUGGAUGACAAGAAGCUUGGAUCUGGUCGUGUAGCGAAGAAGGGAGAUCGUGUAUCCAUGCGAUAUAUCGGAAAACUUGAAAAUGGCAAAGUUUUUGAUGCAAACAAAAAGGGGCCACCAUUCUCAUUCAAGCUUGGUAGCGGAGAAGUAAUCAAGGGCUGGGACAUUGGAAUCCCCGGCAUGGCAGUUGGAGGUGAACGAAGAGUGACAAUUCCAUCACAUCUUGCAUACGGCAAGAAAGCGCUCCCAGGAAUCCCAGCCAACUCGAAACUGAUUUUCGAUGUCAAACUUCUUGACAUUAAAUAGACAGAGGGAGAGUCACCGUGCUUGUUUCCCUUAGUAUUCUCUCCCUUUUCUGAUUGCUUUGUAUCUACCAUCUGUCCAAAAAGCUUCCUCUUCAUCAUUCAGCCUAGUUGUUCAUCGGACAGGCCACAUUUUGUUAUAUUGCUGCGCUUUUUUUGUUCCUCGACCUUUUUCCUCUGGGAUUUUUUUCUCCUUUUUUCCUAUUGUCUUCCUUGCUUUGAGACCUUUAAUGUUCUGAUAGUGCAAUUUCCGCUGACUCCUGAGGUCAAAGUACCUUAGAUAACUUGUACAUUGCGCUGGGCAUUUAUCAGGAAUGAUUAGAUCAUAACGGAGUUGGCAAAGGAACUGGGUAUUGUAUGUGCUACUUUUAAAUUGCUUGAUUUUCUUUGCUUUUUCUUUUCUUAUUUUAACUCGAAAUUUCAUGAAAUUCCAUUUCCCUUUGGCAUACAUAACUGGAAACUUGAUCAAUUCAUGCAUGCAUUUAUAGUGCACGGUGCUCGUCGCUGUAUCUUGUAGAUAUGUGAUUCGAUAUUACCACUGGGGUAUAUUUAGUAAGUGCUUCUGUGCUUCUACAUCAACGUCCAUACACUCGCCUAGCAGACAUUUUUUCGGGAUUUUUGCAGAAAAGAGAGCUCCCACGUGACGACUAG